AUGGAAAGGGUGGAGGAUCGGGACAGAGAAAGGGAGAGGGAGAAAGCAAACCUUUUGAAGGAGGAUAUGGAUGCAAGUGUGGCCUCUAAGAGGCGUAAGCUCAAAAGAGAGCAUCUGCCAUCUGAACCUGGUGAAUAUUCACCAGUAGCCCCUCCCCCACCUCCUCUUUCAAGUGGUAUCCCUCAAUCAUAUGACGGAAGAGAAAGAGGUGACCGAAAGGGGGCAAUGGUCUCACGUCCGGGUUACUUGGAGGAGCCAGCUCUGAGGAUGCAUGGCAAAGAAGCAGCCAGCAAGAUGACCCAUCGCGACACUGACCA